CCCCAAGCUGCCCGCAUGGACACGGCGCUGAAGCGGGGCCGGCAGGAGGAGCGGCUGGGCGAGGUCCCCCAGCCGCCGCCGCCGCCACCCACGGGAGACAUGGACGAGGAAGAGAUGGAGCCCGAGAUGAUGGAACAGGAGGAAGAAGAGGAGGAGGAGGAGGAGGGAGAGGAGGAGGUGGACCCCCGUAUCCAGGGGGAAUUGGAGAAGCUAAACCAAUCCACAGAUGACAUCAACAGACGGGAAACUGAACUUGAGGAUGCCCGCCAGAAAUUCCGUUCUGUUCUGGUAGAAGCGACAGUGAAACUGGAUGAACUGGUCAAGAAAAUUGGCAAGGCUGUGGAGGACUCGAAGCCCUAUUGGGAGGCCCGGAGGGUGGCCAGACAGGCCCAGCUCGAAGCCCAGAAGGCAACUCAGGACUUCCAGAGGGCGACCGAGGUUCUCCGAGCUGCCAAGGAGACCAUCUCCCUGGCUGAGCAGAGGCUCCUGGAGGACGACAAUCGGCAGUUUGACUCGGCCUGGCAAGAAAUGCUCAAUCAUGCCACCCAGCGGGUCAUGGAGGCUGAGCAGACCAAGACAAGAAGUGAGCUGGUACACAAGGAGACAGCAGCCAAGUACAAUGCUGCCAUGGGCCGCAUGCGGCAGUUGGAAAAGAAGCUCAAGCGGGCCAUCAACAAAUCCAAACCUUAUUAUGAACUCAAGGCGAAGUACUAUGUACAGCUCGAGCAACUGAAGAAGAUUGUGGAUGAUCUGCAGGCCAAACUGUCUCUGGCCAAAGGCGAGUACAAGACGGCACUGAAGAACCUGGAGAUGAUUUCUGACGAGAUCCAUGAGAGGAGACGUUCCAGUGCCAUGGGUCCCCGGGGCUGUGGGGUGGGGGCUGAGGGUAACAACGUGUCUGCGGAGGAGCCCUCCAGGAACAAACCAGAGUUUGACUCUGCUUCAGCGGGCCGAGGGGUGUUAGUUCCUGUAAACCUGUCUGCCUGCCCCCCAAAGCGGACUGUAAGAGACGGCUUGUCCUUUGGCAAACCCAGCGAGACUUGUGUUCUCUCCAACGCUGCAGUGGCCUCGGAGGCAUUGGAAGAUGACAACUGCAGCAGCUUUGUGUCAGAAGAAGAUUCUGAAACCCAGUCUGUGUCCAGCUUCAGUUCAGGGCCGACAAGUCCCUACGAGCUCCCGAGCCCGCUGUCUCUCGUCAUGAGGCCCGGCAGCCUCGAUCUGCCCAGCCCUAUGUCUCUCUCAGAAUUUGGGAUCAUGUUUCCUGUGCUGGGUCCUCGGAGUGAAUGCAGUGGGGCUUCAUCCCCAGAGUGCGAAGUGGAAAGAGGGGACAGGGCAGAAGGGGCUGAGAACAAGAUGAGUGACAAAGCCAACAAUAACAGGAGUGUUAGCACCAACAGCAGUGGAAACAGCAGCAGCUCUUCCCCUGUGGACCGAAGCCUGGACAACGAGAUCAAGCAGCUCUCCCUUCAGUAUCCAAAGGGAAAAGAUGGGAUUCCUGGCGACAGAAAAGUGGUGCAGAUUGGCUGAAGGAUCUGAGGAGGCCAGUGCCCAAAGAUCUGAAUAUUUAUAUGUGAAACUCUAGACAGACGGACAGAGUGUUGUGCCAAUAUUUCUUUACUAUAUGCCAAAUCUUAAGCAUUUACUCUGAACUGCACUAAGAACAUUUGUGACCCAGAGGGCUGGAUUCAGCUCUGGUUUUCUGCCCAGCACGAUGUCUUGGGUGGGUGGGCAUGGGGGAGUGGAGAAGUUGUGAGCUGGACAGGCUUGUCCUCACAUUCUUCCAGCAUUUGUAAAAUACAUCUCCCCUUCAAUAUCCUAGUUUGGAGCAAUAACAACUUCUCAGAACACAGCGUGAAACAAGAAAAGGGCUGGGACACCAAGCCCGACCUUGGCAAUUUGAGCAGAGCAUUGUGCUCCUUUCUCUUCCUAUACCUGUUUUUGUGUUCUGAAAGAUAAAGCUUACGUUCCUGAGUAAUCUGGAGCGGGUGGCCUCCUAAAUGAAAUGAUUUGAAAAUACAGUAAUUAAAAUACCCAUCACUUUUAGUAUUGUAAGGCAUUAACAAAAUGACCUCCAAAAACACUGUUAUCUGGAGAUGAGUCACAGAGGCAAGCCCCAGACUUACUAAUUGCCUCUCAUGCACAGAGAUGACCUGUUAAAAAGCUCAAUGGUGCUCAACAUGGGGCACCCACUUAGAAGCUUUUUCAGUGGCUUCGAGCAAGAUUCCUGGAGAUCAGCACUUUGUGGGCCAGGGGAGACCAGGGUUCGCCCGAGUCCAGAUAACUUAGUAGAGGGGUGUUCCUGGCUGGAGCAGGCAGCAUAGCAUAGGCCUUGUGAUGCCAGCCAAGGGGGA